UUAAACAUAUCUUUAAAAAAUGAAUGACUCUCUACAGUUAAUUAAGAAACACAACAUUUGUCAAUUGAAGUUACUUGAUGAAACAACUAAUAUAGAAUAUAAAAUAGAAGUUAAUGAAGAUGAUUAUAAUCGUGCUUAUACAGAUAUUACAUUUGCUAAUGCUUUGCUACAAAAAGCAAAACAUACAGUUUUAAUUAACAAACAUAAUUUGAGCACAAUUGAUAAACCCAGUUGUUCGAAAACAAAUGAAGAAAAUAUAAAUACUAGCAUACAACUUGACGAUUCAUUGUCAGAUACUGAUACUGAUCAAAAAGAAACAAACAACAAUGCUUCAGAUAUUGAGAAUGAAACAAACAUGUUAAAUAUAGAACCAACUGAUAAGUGGACACAUAAUGCUACACUUUUGUUGAUCUCAUUAUAUAAAGAAAAGUCGCAUAUGUUGGGUAAAGGACCCCAUAAGAAAAUGUGGAAUCUAAUUUCUCAACGCAUGAAGGAAAAACAAUAUAAUUUUACAGUCACGCAAUGUUAUAAUAAAAUGGACACUUUAAAACGACGAUAUCGUCAAGUUAUCGAUCAUAAUGCUCAAAGUGGAAAUGAUAGAAAAGAAUGGAUAUAUUUAGAGUCAUUAGAUGAAGUUUUUUCCAAUAAAACAUGGGUAAAACCAAUAUCUGUAGCGGGAUCAAAUAUCCGAGAACCUGAAAAGUCAUUAUUCGAUGACAAUGAAUCAUCAAACAAACGACAGAAAAUCUCAUUACACGAAGAAAGAGCAAAUUAUUUGCGAACAUCACUGGAAGAAAAACGUUUAAAACGAGAAGACACUGCUAAUUAUAGAGCAGAAAAAAUAAAAAUUUUAAAAGAUUUAAAAGAAAUUUUUCAAACAAGAAAGUGAUAUAAACAUUAUUUGAUGCAGUCUUAGCAGAAUGACUAACUAGUAAUUUUUAAACAAUGUUUUACGCUCUAAAUCUCUUGUGACACAAUAACUGUUUGAUGUCUCAAGUCUUAGAUCCAAAUUCAUAAUUGUUUUCAAAUCUUAAGAUUUAAAAAUUUCUUAAAGAUCAUAUUCAACCAAUGCAAUUGUCGCAUAUUGAGAUUUUAAAAACGACUAUAAAUUCGGACCUAAAUGUAUAUACGAAGAUUGUCUUUGUGUAUACAAGUGUAUAUAAGUCACAUAUUCAUUUAAGAGUUUUAAGAAAAAAAAAGUACAAAUUAAAACUAUAAGGUCUGGUUCCACAACUCGAGUUAAUCUGAGUUUAAUAUGUUAAAUUGAGUCCUAAUUGGUCCAUUCACUACUUAAACUCGGAUUAACUGGAUUGUGGAACUGGGCCUAAGUAAGUUUACAAAACUGCAUAAGUCUACUCAGAUUGUGAUAUUAUUAAUAAUUCUA